AAAAGCUUUUUUUUUUUUUUUUUUUUUUUUUCGUUUUUUUUUUUUUUUUUUAGAAAAAGUCGGACAACAGCGCUGUGCAUUUCGACCAUGGGGAGGAAGUCUAACAAAGCGAAAGGGAAGAAGCUGAAGAGGCUGGAGGAGAGAGCCGCCCUGGACGCGGUGUGUGCCAGAGUGGAAUCGGCCAAUAAGCUGGAUGACCCUUUGGCUGCUUUUCCAGUUUUCAAGAAAUACGACAGAAAUGGGUUGAAUCUUGUUAUCGAGUGUCAGCGCGUGUCCAUGCUGAAGCCCGGCACACUUGACUGGGCCUAUGAGCUCACAAGAGCCAACAUGCAGACCCUGUACGAGCAGAGCGAGUGGGGCUGGAAGGACCGGGAGAAACGGGACGAGAUGACGGACGACCGCGCGUGGUACCUGACCGUGCGCGACGCUGACUCCUCCCCCCUCGCUUUCUCUCACUUCCGAUUUGAUGUGGAGUGCGGGGAGGAGGUGCUGUACUGUUACGAGGUGCAGCUGGAGAGCAGGGUGCGAAGGAAAGGGCUGGGGAAGUUUUUAAUACAGAUCCUUCAGCUCAUAGCUAACAGCACGCAGAUGAAGAAAGUCAUGCUGACGGUAUUUAAACACAAUCACGGAGCCUACCAGUUUUUCAGAGAAGCUUUGCAGUUUGAGAUUGACGAGACUUCACCCAGCAUGUCUGGUUGCUGUGGCGACGACUGCUCUUAUGAGAUUCUGAGCCGGAAAACGAAACACGGAGAAUCGCAGCAUUCCCAUGGGGGGGGGCACUGCGGGGGCUGCUGCCAUUGAGGGAGGAGGAGGAGGAG